AAAAGGCACACGAAAGUGAACGCGUUUUUCCUUUUCAAAUCAGUUUGGAUCGAAGACCGCAAAAAGAAGUUGAAGAUGCUGCCUUACGUACUGAAAUUUUUACCGCUCUCAGAGAAAACGGAUCUUCGCAUAGUACGUGAUUGUACGUAAAGCUUAACGUAGAAUUUACGUAAAAGCUUAACCCUAAUACUACCCUCCGAAGAUCCCCGAGCAGCGGCGCUAGAAAUUCUUUUGCAUAGUUCCAUUUUGAAAUUCCUUCUUUUUUGAAAUGCUAUGGUCAUGCCGCGAUUUUUUCACCUUGAUAAUGACAUGCACGAAGCAAUAGAAGCGUGAGGCCGUUGAUCCGUCCUCCAGAAUACGAACCGGAUCUUCAAACCGACACCUUUUCCAUAGUACCCAUCCAUCGAAACCAAUAAUUUUCUGCCCAACUAAUCCUACUACAAUAAUUGACGACUCGAAAAAUUAUGUUAUAGUGGCCAAACUAUCCCUUCCAAAAAAAUUGUUUCUUUACAAAAAACAGGAGACCAUCGUGGUAAUUUCAAUUUUUUGAUUAAGAUUACUAGGUCUACUACUUUUUAGGACGGGCUGAAUCGGCUUCAUGAAUUCUUCGAGGUAAUUUUCAAUUAAGCUUGGAAGGGAAUUUGCGAGAACUUUUGUUGGACUCCAGCUUUCUUCCUAUAUUGAUUCUUAUCCCGACUGAGUUCUAGUCGUUCUUCUACUUUUUUCGAUCUGCUAUCCAUAAUCUGUUCCUGUUGUACCGCAGUCAUCAGCUAGGGUCACGACAAUUUGUUCUAAUUGUGUCGUGUUUUACGAGAUUGUAGUUUCACCUCUCUUCAGAAGUUCUAUAUCCAGUUUUGCUUCAAAAAAAAUUGUACGAUAUUGUCCUUGCAGUAGAGUAAAGGAAAAAGCAUCUACUUCCCGGAAACAAUUUCUUAGUAGACAAAACGAAUCUAGGCCGGUGCAAUAAAAUUUCGAGAUUCUUCCUCGAAAAACUGUGUACAACUACCGCCCUGUUUUGUCAACACCAUUAAAUACUUCUACAACUAGGUAGCAGUAAGAGAAGAACACAGUAACACAGUGUUUUUAUAGCGUUUUGUUUCUUCGGACUCUUGCUGUGCACUAGAAAAUAAUCCUUCUACUCGCUACUGCACCUUCUACGUAUAUCAGAGACUAAAGCUCUAAACUCACCAAAUCAGAAAUGUCGGGGAACCAAGGCUUCCACAAGCCGGGCGGCAAGGGCUACGUGCUAUGCAGUGCAAAAGUAUCGUACUCGUAUAAAUGCAUUACAAAUUUCCUCAGCAUGAGAAAUAAGAUUUGUAAUGCUGAUUUAUCUUAGGGAAAAGAUUUGUAAUGCAUGAUCGCAAUACGAGCACGAUACUUUUGCAAUUCAUACGCGCCGCCGCAGUGCAACUACCGCACACAGAGCUCCUUCAUAUCAAGUGUAAAAAUGUCUGGGUCUGGAAGAAUGGAAGGUCUGUCAUGCUCUGCCAGCAUGACCCCAAAGUCUGUCAUGCACGUUACCCAAGAGCCCCGUUUUUUUGUCAUGCAGAAACGCAGUUUGUCAUGCAGAAUAGGCAACACUUCGAAGCUCAGAAACUUGUCAUGCUGAGCCAGCACUUGUGGCCGCCUCAUGAUACGCCAACCAGCAUCACAAGUUUCCAGACCCAGACAUUUUUACAUUUGAUACUUGACACUCGAGAACAAGUUCCGGGACAUCUUCCAACGACUGGAGCCCUGGCGCACCAGUAUCCUGAGUAAAAACGUCCCCAAACCAGAGUCAAGAUGGGAAAUCUGCUAGACAAACCAACCAGCUCUGGUUGUUUCGCAUGACAAGUUUAUUGUCCUCGUAGUGUAUUCCUGUUAUUAGGUAGGUCAGCAGCGUCACAGAUCUAGCGCAUGAUGCUGAUUAUAGCAUCACAAAUUUCAAAACACGACUAGAAAAUGCCUCUCAUGGGGCUCCGCAUGAAAAGCAUUUUUACCAUGCAGAUUUGCAUGACAACUCUGGGGUGGGGACGUUUUUACAUAGGAUAACCAGGAAAGGCGCGGGGGGCCGGGUCGCGGUGUAUGGCGGGUCGCAUCUCUACGUCGGAGCGCCGUAUUUUGCGGCGCAGGCCGCCAAGCUCAUGGGGAUCGAUUUGGUGUUCGUCAAAGCAGGUAUCAAAAUGUGAUGAAUAACAGGAGCAGAAUGUCUGCGGUUUUGUAGGUUUGUUUCUGAUAAGAAGUACCUUGCAUAUAUAAUGGUAUUAUUCCAAAUAAUUUGCAGCAACAUUUUGCAAAGUUUGGAAACAGUAAUUCUACGUCGUCAUAGACCACGACUGUGCAUCAUAACAAGCUCCAUCCUCCUGGUGUUCCAAGUAUUCUUGUAAAACCUACAAAAAAACCACAAAAAUCUCCCCAAUUUUUCCACUCCAUUGCAGGCCACGCUUCGGUUGCGAAGGGGAUCAAGGCAAAAUCGUGCGACAUCAUGUGUGCGGAAUACGACGACCCGAACGACUACAAAGCCUUCACCACCGAGGACCGUGAAAUUCUCGCCAAGUGCGACUGUCUGAUCAUCGGCCCGGGGUUGGGACGCGGCGAGGAGGUGAAGAAGAUGUUGCGGGAGCUACUCGCGGACGAAACCAUCUGGCCGCCGACGAAGCCGCUCGUGAUCGACGCCGACGGCCUCUACGCCAUGACCGCCCCCGACGCGUCGUUGCCCCCACCACCCUCCGCCCGGGGCGGGAAGCCGGCCGACAAGUGGAGCGCGGACAAGGAAACCAUGGACCUGUUCUGGAACUUGUUGGAGUCUCGGAAGAUUAUGCAUUGCAAAAGUAUCGUACUCGUGUUAUUGCGAUCAUGCAUUACAAAUUUUUUUCUCAAGGUAAAUCAGCAUUGCAAAUUUUAUUUCUCAUGCUGGGGAAAUGCGAUUUCUACUAGUACGACAUACUUUGGCAAUGCAUAAAGAUUUUGCAACAGCAAAACGGGGAAGAGGAUCUUCCCGAUGGGACGAAGAAGGCCGUGGAGCAGAUGACGACCUUUUCCAACCACGCCGCGCCUACGAUUUUAACCCCGAACUUGGGCGUAUGGAAGUGUCAGAAUCGAAAUUGACAAAAUCAAAACGAUUUGUCAUGCAUAAAAUGGAUUCCAGUUCGAACUCAGUUUCUAAGUGGCGCAUGACAAACUCUGGUGGUGUGCAAAUCCAGUUUGUAAUGCUGUUUAGGCAAAGAAGGCUGAUUCUCUCAUGCUGCUUUAGCAGCGCGAGCUAUAACCCCAAACAGGCUUAGAAUCGGCCUCACUUGCCUGCUCUGCAACACACGUAUUUCGCGUCGUGCAUUUGAUGCAUGACAAAUUUUUCGAUUUUGUCAAUUUCGAUCCUGACAGUUCCAUAGGGCGAGUUGAAGUACGUCACGGAGGCGUUGGACAAACACGUGUUGUGGUUCAACGAGAAGCAUACGGACCACAUAUGGAAUGCAAAUAUGCCUGGGUCUGGGAGAUUGCGAGAUUUGUCAUGCUUGUCUGGCAUGAGUCUUAAAUCUGUGAUGCAUGAGCAGGAAAAUGGCCUCUUGCCUGUCAUGCAAAUAAAACGGAGUUUGUCAUGCGAAAAACGAAACACACAGAAGCGGCAAAACUUGUCAUGCUGGGCUGUAUAUUGUAGCGCGCCCACAAUUCGUAGAUUUGCAUCACAAGUUUAUUCCAGACCCAGACAUAUUUGCAAUCCAUAUCACACCUUCUACGGCAACUAUCCGAACGUCGACGAGUUGUGGCCGGUUUUGAAGCAAGUCCACCACGACCACGCUAUCCUAUGUAAAAACGUCCCCACCCCAUAGUCAAGAUGGGAAAUCGGCUAGACAAAUCCAAAAGUUUUGGCUGUUUCGCAUGACAGAUUUCAAGAACUCGUGGUGUAGUGCUGUUUGAGCUGGUUCAGCAGCAUCACAGAUCUAGUAUGUCGCGCUGAUUGGAGCAUGACAAAUCGCAAAACACGACUACAAAAUGCUUCUCAUGGGGCUCCGCAUGAGAAACAUUUUCAGCGUGCAGGUCUGCAUCACAACUAUGUGGUGGGGACGUUUUUAAAUACGAUACACGCGUCCGGGCAGUUGGCCGUGCAGCACUUUGUUCGGGAGCCGACCUUUGGCGUCACGUUCAACGAGGCCAAACCCGUGCAGCGCAUGCAGCACACGUUUACGGAAGAACCGAAGACCGCGGCCCAGGAAGCCGCGGCCCACGCAGCGUCGGCCCAGGCGAAGGCAGCAACCCAGCAGGCGGCGGCAGCGCAAGCACAGAAAUUGAAGGAGCAGAGGUACACAAAUAGCAGGAGCGUCAUGCAUAAUCAGAUAUCAAGUGAUAAUAUUUAUUAUCCUGUAUGCAUUGUUUUGUUUGUAGCUGAAUAAAAAUACUUAUUUUGUAAUGCCAUGAUAUGCAUAAAUUAUUUCGGCACUAAUGACGUGAAUAUGAGACAGCACCAGCUGGUAUUUGUCAUGCGAAGUGGCACCGCCUCCACCACCCAAAAUAGUAUCUUCCAAGAAAUAUUUUUCUCGCUAACAGUGCUGCCAACGGCGGCGGCGAUGGGAAAAUCACGAAGUCUGGCUCCUUCGACAUCCCGCCGGAGCAGCUCGGCAAGGAGCACAUCAACCCGGAGCUCCAACCCGAUAAUGUCAUCGAGCAGCAGUACAAACACAAGCCCAAGAACUUCACCGGUGCCGUCGGGAACGGGUACGGUGGCGUCGAACACCCGUCGACCGCGACCACAGAUAACGCCGGGCAGGACGCCGCUGACAACCAAGUCGCACUGGAAAUGGAGGCGAAACAACUGAACUCUGUUGUGGUGGAGAAGCAGCUGCACCACCAACCCGAGUCCGCGGUGAAGAUUGAGGUGAACCCGUUUCAGGCCGAGGGCAAGGGGGAGAAAAAGAAGAAGGUCGCGCACACCAUCAAGGAGCUGAUGCAGGCGGAGGAGGAGGCGCAAAACGGCCCGGCGACCAAGAAGCAGAAGAAGAACCAGAAAGGUGGUGGCAAGAACAAUAAUGGGCAACAACAAACGAUCGGACAGCAGUUGGGUAUGCAGAAUGCACCAGCUCCCCAACAGCAACCAGGACAGCAGCAGGGGCACACCAUCCAGCAGUUACAACAAAUGAUGAACCCAAACUACAACUACCAGGUGGACCCCAACGUGCCGCAGGUUGCGUGGAACAACCCGACUAAAAUGGCCGACAUGCUGAAGAUGCAGGAGUACAGGAUGCGAAUGGACCCGUCUUCUUUGAUAUGCAUUGCAAAAGUUUCUUACUCGUACUAAAACUAAUUGCAGCUAUGCAUCACAAAUCUAGGUUGUUAAGGUAAAUCCGCAUUACAAAUUUGAGUUGUAAUGCUGAGCGAAAUUGUAUUGCAAUUUGUACUAGUACGACACUUUUGCAGGGCAUAUUUGAUCUCGUUUGACAGCAAGUACACCACCAACAGCUACCAGAACCCGUUGCGGCUGUCCCUGCACAUCGUCGCGAAGGGGAAAAACGACACCAUUGUUACCCCCGUUGCCUACACCUGCGAGGAGGGCGUGGAUUACGACGAGUGGACGGUGACCAACGCGUGUGUCUUCCACUCCGUGUCGAACUCCAUCGGGUCUUCCCCAAUCCGCGCGGGCGGGCUGGGGGACGUUUUGUCCGGCGUGAUUGGUGCCUUGUUCGCGUGGCACCAGAUCUGCCUGCGGAGCGGGGACCCGCGGAAACAGAUGAACGCCCCGUUCCCGGAGGAAAUCCUGAUCCUGGCUUCCUACAUCGUGCGCAAGGCCAGUCAACGGGCCUUCUUGAAGAAGUGUCAGCAGCGCAACUACCGCACCUUCUCUGCGGAGGAUGUGUUGGCGGAAAUCGCGUUCGUCUGCGAUAACAUCUACUCCUGGUUCGCCCCCGGCGGACACGGCGGAAACCCGGGUGGUGCACCCCACGGACCGCACCAGGGCGGAAAAUAG